AUGCCGCUUUCGCGCAGCGCGGGGAUGCUGCUGCUGCCCGUCGGCUGCUUCUGCGGCGCCUCUGGCUUGCUGUUGAUGAAGGCGGCCGGCGACAGCAGUCCGGACCUCCCACCGUGGCUCCAAAAGAGGCUGGAGCGCGCGGACCUCGCGUGCAUCGCUUUGGUUCUGCUGGGCGUGACUCUCGUAUCCACAUUCGGCCCGCACGAGGAGAGCGCGCCUUCGCUGCCCGCACUCCUGGCGGCGUAUACGCGCCCGCGCUUUGCGCUCUUUGCUGCCGCUGCCUUGAUCACCGCGGCUCUCGUUCUCUCCAAGAGCGUCUGCGGAGUCAGCGACAAGUCCUCGGUGUUGCCGCUGAUCUCCGCCUUCGCCGCGGCGGCCACUGGCUGCAUCUCCCAACUGAUGCUUAAGGUCGUCUCGACCACCGCCUCUGCCUUCCCCGCGACUGCCGUGCCACUCGCGCUGGCGCUCCUCGGCCUCUGCGUCUCGGCGCCGCUGCACCUGACCCUCCUCAACCGUACUCUCGUCGGUGCGGCUGUGGCGCUCGCCGUGCCGGCCUACCAGUUCUUGCUCAUCGUGUGCACCACGUCGGCCGGCGGCGUCCUGCUCGACGAGUUUGAGUCUCUGUCUUCGGGGGACCUCUGGGCAUACGCGUGCGGGGUGGUCACUGCGACGGUCGGGCUCGUCGGUCUCUCGUACUUCAGCUCGGUCGGCGCGGAGCCGGGGGGUGACGAGGAGGGCAGCAGCGAUGAGAGCGACAAGGCUGCUCUCGAGCUAGAGCGCGGAGCGGAGGGCGGGAGUGGCCAUUCGGGAAGUACGUCGAGCGACGCCGCCGAGUCGGCCACGAGCUUGCCGCCCCGCCCCAUGCUCUCGCAGCUGCGAGGAGAUCGCACCCAGGGGUCUAUUCUGAGGGGCCGGCUGAGCCGCAAGUCAAGGAGGCGGACACUCGCCCACACCGCAGAGGACCUCCGCCUCUACUGGGAGAUGGGUAAAAGGGAGCGGGUCCCCGCCCAUGCGAUCUUUGUGCAGGGUUCUCGUUUGUGGGGGUGGAAGUUCUACCACUUCUCGAACGGUCGCUCCCGCGACGUUCGUUCGCGGUCCGGGCAGGUGACGUACUUCAGCGCAACCACGGUGGUGGGAGCUGCGCCGCCGAGAAGCCUCGGAAGCUUCUGCGGGCUAUACACAGCAAUCAAGAUGGAGAUUAGGCGGGGAGUCUCUUGA